GGCAAAACCCUAGAACUCACUAAACGUUGGGUUUUUCCAAGCUUUUCUAUCCCCGCCAGUUUGUGAGACUCCACUGGUUUAUUCUUUUGCAUCUCUAAGAUGGGCAAAUCCAGCAAGAAAUCAGCUCCCAAAGUUGAUCCUGCUCCGGCUGUUGUUCCGCCUCCGAAGUCUGCAAAGAAAGGUACGAGAGGCAAGAGGGAAGCUGAGGAUGAACUUGAGAAGCUAGUGAGUGCAAAGAAGCAGAAGAGAGAUGAAGUUCCUGUGAAGAAGAUUGCCAAGGUGCAGAAGAACAAGAAGGAAAGUAGUUCAGAUGAUUCCUCUUCAUCAGCUUCUGAGGAAGACAAGAAAACUGCCAAAAAAGCUGUUCUUCCAUCAAAGACAAAACCUUCUAAAAAUGGUGCUCUGAGUGGCCGGGUGAACAAAGGCAAGCCAGCUUCUGAAUCCUCUGAUGAUGACUCCGACAGUGAUGAUGCUGGAAAAUCCAAGGUAGCCCCUGCUGCUGGUAAGAAUGGGGCUCUUUUGACGAAGAAGAAGGCCGAGUCAAGUGCCAGCUCAGAUACUGAUAGCAGUUCAGAUGAAGACAAUGAUGUGAGAACUAAAGUUGCCCCUCUAUCCAAGAAGGCACCUGUUGCUGCAGCUAAGAAAGAUGAAUCAGACACGGAAUCUGACAGCAGCUCUGAUGAGGAUGAUGUCCCCACUAAAUCAUCCAAGAAGUUGCCUGCUGCAGGUAAAAGUAUACCUGCUAAAAAAAUUGAGUCAAGUGACGAUACAUCCUCUGAUAGUAGCUCAGAUGAAGAUGAUGAGCCACCUGCUGCAUCUAAGAAGUUGCCUGCAACAGCAGUUCCUUCCAAGAAGAAGGCUGAGAGCAGUGAAAGCUCCGAAGAUGAAUCAAGUGAAAGCUCUGAUGAUGAUAAUGUAAAGAAGCCUUCUGUCAAAGCUGUUUCCAAGCCUUCCACUGCUCCAAAGGUUGAAUCUAGUAAGAGCUCAGAUUCUGAUAGCAGUAGCUCUGAGGAAGACAACAAAAAUAAAAAGGGAGCCAAUCAUGCUUCCAAUAUCAAGCCAGCAAAGGCUUCUGAGAAGAUUUCCAAGUUAAAGGAGAGUUCUGAUGACACUGAUUCUGAUGAUGAGGAGGAAUCUUCUGACGGUGAUUCUGAGGAUGAGAAGAAAACCGCUCCCAAGGCUAAUGCUAAAGCAGCUGCUGCUGUGAAGACAGCCAAAGAGGAGUCUAGUGAAAGUUCAUCUGAAAACGACUCUUCAGAAGAUGAGAAAACUGCUCCCAAGUCUAAUAUUAAAGCAUCUGCUGGUGCAAAGACAGUUAAAAAGGAGUCUAGUGAAGGUUCAUCUGAAGAUGACUCUUCGGAAGAUGAGGAUAAGAUGGAUGUUGACGAGGAUAGUAGUUCUGAAGAAAGUGAGGAGGAGCCGCAACAGAAAAAGGCUAAGGAUGUGGAGAUGGUUGAUACUGCAUCAGCGAAGUCAAGUGGAAAGAAAGCUCCCAGCACCCCAGUUACUCCCAAAGUGCAGAAUACCACGUCAAAGACUCUUUUUGUUGGAAAUUUGUCAUAUAAUGUAGAACGGACUGAUGUGGAAAACUUCUUUAAAGAUUGUGGAGAAGUGGUAGAUGUCCGUUUGGCUUCAGAUGAAACUGGGAGAUUUAAAGGCUUUGGGCAUGUUGAAUUUGCCACAGCUGAAGCAGCACAAAAUGCCCUUGAGCUGAAUGGUGAAGAAUUGCUUCAGCGUCCUGUCAAACUUGAUUUAGCUCGUGAAAGGGGAGCAUAUACCCCCAAUAGCAGCAACUGGAGCAAUUCAUUCCAGAAAGGAGGACAUGCUCAAGCUCAUACAGUAUUCAUUAAGGGUUUUGAUACAUCCCAAGGAGAAGAUGAGAUUAAGACUAACCUGAGAGAGCAUUUCAACUGUGGAGAGAUUACAAGGAUAUCAGUUCCUAAAGAUUACGAGACUGGUGCUGCCAAGGGGUAUGCCUACAUGGAUUUCAAGGAUGUUAAUGCCUUCAACAAAGCGCUAGAAUUGAGUGGUAGUGAGCUUGGAGGUGGUUAUUAUUUGACAGUUGAUGAGGCAAGACCUCGAGCUGAUAAUCAAGGUGCAAGUGGCGGUAGGGGUGGUGGAAGGAGUGGAGGCAGAGGUGGCGGCAGAGGUGGCGGCGGUCAAUUUGGUGGCGGUCGUGGAAGAGGUGGUCGUGGAAGAGGAGGUGGUGGCAGGGGCCGUGGCACUCCCAACAAACCAAGUCUUGCUGCUCCAGGCACAGGGACGAAGACCACAUUCGGGGAUGAUGAUUAAGGGGAAGAGAUGCUGAGAAUUUUCUGUUGAAUAUUUAUAAUAUUCCUUGCUUCAGUUUUGGUAAUUGGUUGUACUUUUAGAUUGACUAUCGUAUUUAUUAAGCCCCCGAGCUCUGCAGUUUUGUUCAAGAGAGAAAGAUAAUCUAUUGUUUUCAAGCAUAUAAUAUAAGUAUAUAGUAUUAUUCAGGGGAUUAGGGUUACUGUGUAUGUUUAUUCUCGUACCUCCACCCCCCUAGAAAACUGGAAAUCUUGCCGAGUAAACAUUAUUCACUUAGAUGUAAUAAUGAUAACAAAUUAAAUUAGCAC